CUCAGUAGGCUGUAAUAGCUGUUGUCAUUUCACACUGACACAAGGACGUUUUAGGAGUCUUUGACUAGAAAAGUCUUCCAGUAACAUGGAGGAUUUUGACUAUACAGAAUAUGGAGAAGAUUAUACUGCCUUCAAUGAAACAUAUGAAAACACCUCUGUGAGUGGCUCAGUGACUUUCAACCAUCCCAGGUCCUUUUCAGUGGAAACUGUAAUCAAUAUCCUUAUAUCACUACUGGGUCUCAGUGGAAAUGCUAUAGUAAUUUGGAUCUCUGGCUUCAAGAUGAGAACAUCGGUCAACACCACUUGGUACCUCAGUCUGGCCAUCUCAGACUUUCUGUUCUGUGUCUGUCUGCCCUUUAACAUUGUAUACAUGGUCACCUCACACUGGCCCUUUGGGCUGGUCAUGUGUAAGCUGACCUCCUCCGCUAUGUUCCUCAACAUGUUCAGCAGCGUCUUCCUGCUGGUUCUGAUCAGUGUUGACCGCUGUGUGUCAAUCACUUUUCCUGUCUGGGCUCAGAACAACCGGACCAUACCCAGAGCAUCCGGAGUGGUCGUCCUCGUGUGGGCCCUCUCUGCUGCCCUGACUGUACCCUCACUGGUCUACCGCCAGACCAAAACACACGGGGCUGAUACACUGUGCUAUACUGAUUAUCAGUCUGGGCACAAGGCAGUGGCUCUGAGUCGAUUUGUCUGUGGCUUUGUGAUUCCUCUUUUGAUUAUAGUCUUCUGCUACUCAGUUAUCUUUGUGCAGCUCAGGAGUCGCCCCAUGAAAUCCACUAAACCUGUCAAGGUAAUGACUGUCCUCAUUGUGUCCUUCUUCGUUUGCUGGGUGCCCUAUUACACUUUUGUCCUGUUGGAGUUGAACUUGGGGAAUCACAGCCUUGAGAUGCUCUACACUUGGCUGAAGGUGGGCAGCACAAUGGCUGCAGCAAACAGUUUCCUUAACCCCAUACUGUAUGUGUUAAUGGGUCAUGACUUUCGGCAAACCCUAAAGAGGUCUGUUCUGUGGAAGAUAGAAAAUGCAAUGGCAGAAGAUGGGCGUACAGGUGGACGUAACCUCUCAAAGUCUGGGUCUUUUGAGAGCAAAGCUUUCACACACGUCUGAGGUUUAAGAUUGUGUCAUUUUAUUGAGGUUGUUUGUAACGAUGGUACCUUUUUUGCACUGCUUCUAUAGAUGUUAUUUGAUUUGUAAUGUAUUAAUUCAAAGUGUUACUGUGUAAAUAUGAGUUUCAAUGGAUAUUAAAAGGCGUGUCUGAUUAAAAUCUGUUACACUAGUUCUAUACAAUUAGUUGUUAAAGUUAUGGACUCUUAUGUUUUCUUAAAGUAUCUACUGAACAAGAAAUAUAAACGCAACAUGUAAAGUGUUGGACCCAUGUUUCAUGAGCUGAAAUAAAAGAUCCCAGAAAUGU